AUGUCAUCGCUGUCGCGGCUCCGAUUGAUAUUCGGUUGUCCAACCGCGUUUACAGCCCUCCUUUUCGUGUCUGAGCUUCCUCUGCAGCGUGAGCGGCGUUCAUCUUUUCACCGCAGCGACCUUCUAAGCUCACGACCAACAGCCAUCUCAGCUCCCAAAGCCGUCGAUCUUAGCUCCAAUUGCAGAGGAUCUCAAGCCGUGAUUUACAGUGAGAUAAUGUCCAAGUCGGAACUGUUUGUUGAGCCAGACCCAGAACUACGUGUAGCUCUUUUGGAUCAAAAGGAGGCUGAUAAAAAGCUCAGAUUAUCUCUACACAGACAAGAUGAUGAAGCAUUCAUUUAA